AUGGGGGAUCCUGUAGCUUUACUAGCCAAAAGGCUCAGUAGCCGCGUUGAUGAACUCCUGUGUGAUUCCUCACCGUUUGAAUUGUUCACACAGAACAACAUUGACGAAAAAUUACUACAGAGAGCCAAAAAGAAACUAGCCAAGUAUUUCAAAGCUUCUUCAUUUGGUCACAUAACCGAGCCCACCACAUUGGUUGAUAAGCAUGGAAGAAUCCUAGCUUGGUAUCUCCCCAAGAUCCUGAUGCCCGACCGAAUGGAACACAUCAACGAGUCCAUCAAGAUACUCAGACCUGUCCUUGAUCACUCUUUGCCUAAGCCAACAGAACAGGCAAAACAGCCUUGGCGUUCACAAGGCUUUGUCAUACCCUCUGGCGGAGGAGAAUUUGGAGCAGGACAGGUGACUAUGUGCCCCGGUGGUUUCAUGCAACUUCAAUAUUGGUUGUCUGAAAUCACAGCAACCGAACAAUUCUGGUCCGCUAUCACCAGUAUUAUUGCACCCCAUCAGUAUCUUGCUGGCAUGCAAUGUAUUUCUAGCCUGAAGCAAGCGGUCAAGACUUCGAAUCCAGUUGUUUGGCCCUCAGAUUUUUCUGGAAUUGAGGUGAUUGUAAACCGGGAGACACCGUAUCAUCGCGAUCCAGGAGCAUCACCAUCAUUUUAUGACCUUUUGGCUAUAUUGGAUCUGCCUGAUGUGGGUGCCGAGCUACAAUAUGACCCUGGGAGCAUGGUUUACAUUUGUGGUAAGGUACUGGAGCAUGGGGUCCCAAGGUGGCGUGAUGGGGAGAGGAUCAUAAUCGCCCACUUUGUCAAGGACAAAGUUCAUGAUAGGCAGAGUAUUCCUAGACCGAUGUUUCCAACGGACUUGGAAUUUCUCAUCAAAGUGGGGGCAGGUAAAGGAGGAACACCUGUUAGUAGGAAGAAGGGCAGAAAGAAUGGGUUGAACAGGGGAGAGUCCAGAGGUAAAAAAAAUCGUCUCAAGGCUGUUUCUUAUUCUUUCAAACACAGAGGUAGCCUAUCCAAAAAGAAAGACCUGGACAUAGACUAUGUUGCCUACAAGCCUACCAGAGACAAGAGGGGAAAGUCCUCAUGGGUCGAAUCCUGUGCAGAUCCACUGUAUGAAACAUCGAUGGACCCUUCCUCCCCCAGCAGCCCAAGGAAACGAAUGAAAGAGAACCAUGCAGAAUUUGUGGAUGUCGAAGCCUCUCAGGAAAGUUUGGGUGACUUCAUUCUGGACACAGAGGAUGGUCACCAACCAAGAAAAACAAAGAUUCAGAACAAUUCACCUGUGCAGGGAUCUGCGAGACAUGACGUCACUCUUGCUGACCAAGGAUUCAUAUGGUACUUAGGCCAUGGAGGAGAGCCUUGCCCUUCAUAUGGAGCUUCGAAAAUUCACGGGGAUCAAGAUGGGAAAGUAGAUGAUAUUACAGAGACAGGCCCCUUACCUCAAGAUACCACCCCUGUGACUAUUGUACAUUCAUCAGGAGUGUUCACACACAACGUAUUGUGGUGUCAUUGCCAAGGAUCCGAUCCUCAGCACCUGCAGCUCCUGAGAGCACAGCUAUUUCCUGCCAGCUCCACACGGCCCAGGACUGUUUUCACCUUCGAAGUACUGGAUCAUUUUCUCAUUGACGCCUUGGAAUGCAAGACUUCAGCCAGGAGCUUCUUUGAGAAACUUACAAGGUUGACAAAUAAUGCAUUUCCAGAUACUGUCCCAGAUCGUUAUCGUGAACUCAUGAGAGUAUCUCGACUGUGGAGAGACUUGAAGAACCGUAAAUGGUUUGGAUUUGGCCAUAAUAUGAAAUCAGGACCUGGCCCAGGAGAUCUUGCCCUUUUCUGCCCUUCAUGUCCUCAGCCAGGAAUCAACAUGCCUCUUGAUUGGGAGCAGAAGUAUGAAAGGCAAGUCAAUUAUUAUUACUGGUGCAGCGAAAUCAUAGCUAGACAGUGGCCGGUUGGUUGCUACGUGUUGUAUACACUCAUGGCUGUUGAGCAAGGUGAACUCUGGCCAGUACACAUUGUACAUAGGCCAGUAAUGCUGCAGGCUGGACAUAUUACACCUGGUACAGUGGCCAGUACAGAUCUUGGCCAGGUUUUUCCUAAACCUGGCCAGCCAAUAGCUAGCCAACAUAUGUGUGGUGCUGGCCGAGGUCAAAUAGCAGCAGAGGAUGCUGGCCAGUGGCUUGUCAUGAAGAGAUUUGUGGUAGAUGGAAAUUUUACUGCUCAGCACAUGAACAUGAGACAGCUGAAAGAGGACAUCUUCCUCUCAGAUGGUUUAGGUUAUAUGGUCACAGAGGGAGAAUAUCAAGCUCACUUGGCCUCAGCUACAGAGAGUAGGAAGCAUGCUGCAAGAGGAAUCAAUGACUCCCUGGUAAUUUAUGAUGUGGGCUGCCAGUGGAGUCUUCAUUUUUCAGAACGUGUCAACAACUGCUCUAGCUUGACCCUCCCUGAUGACACAGAGAUUGUGGUUGCAGUGGGAAAAUUUCAUCCCAGCGCUCACAAGCUUGCUUGUUUUCCUAGAUACAGCCUGAACUUUAUUGUAGGAGCUGGGCAGGUUGAUGGGGAAAUUCUAGAGACACUCUGGGCUCCCUUCAAUAAGAUUUCUCCAACAGCACGUUCUAUGAGCCAAGCCCACCGUCAAGAAAUCCUUGAUGAUCACAUGCGUAACUCAAAUUGGAAAAAACAUGUCCAAAUUGUUAAGACGCUCUUGCAAAAGUACAAACGUGCCAAUAAGGGCAUCGAUGACACUAAGGUGCCAUUCCAAGAGCUCACACAUUCCUUGGAAGUCAGUAAAGUCUCCUCAUGGGAGAAAGAUGAAAAACAAGCUAUGGAACAAUGUGGAGAGCAUCUUGACAUAUACCAACUACAAAUAGAUAAAGUAUGUCAUUAUAUCACCUUCACAUUUAAGCAAGGAUCUCGAAAAUUUCAUGAAAUGGCUGAUGCCAUGACAGAAGGCAUCGAAGUUGACACAGAUAUGGAGGAAGAAGAGAGGGAAGCAGCAGAUCCCAAAGUGACUUAUGAAGAAAUCUGUGAAGAAGUUAUUGCAGAAGCCAUGCGGAUCUGGAUGCCGUCAUCAAUACCUCACGACAAUGCUUUAGCCCUUGGCCUAGGUUCUCUACAAGCCGAAGAACUGCAGUUACGGCAGGGUCAGGCAAAUGAUUGCUUGGAAAAGUUACGGCAGGCUCUCAGCCACAAAGCCAUAAUUUACCAUCAACAUUUUAGAAGUGCAGAUUCCACGUGGGUGGGUACCAGGUCAAAGCAAGAAGCUCGACAAUGUCAGAUCAAAAUUGAUCAGUGUGUUCGAAGCUAUCAGAGGGCCAGGAAUGCACUGCAGAGACUAGGAGUAGAUGAAGAUACUCUGAAGAAUGUUUAUCAAGAGAUUCAGCCGAGUCAGCUUAAUGUGAACAAGGAAGUCACUGAGGAGAACAGAUAUGGGCAGGGAUCAGACAGACUAGCUUGGUUUUGGAGGGUGAACAAUGGUCAUGAUUCUCCUGAAGAUGUAUGGAUGGAUGAAUUAUCAGUCUACAGGCUAAAUUGGUUGAAAGCUAAGGCUCGAUGGCAAAGGUGGGAGGAGGAGUUGAGUUUGGUUCAACAUGAGAUGGGGUGGACAGUGGGUUGGUUUAGAUACAAGAAGGAAGAAUGGGAACGAAGAUACCAUGAAGCCACAAAGCAUGGUCAUCAAGCCUAUGCACAACGACAGGUGCUCCUGUGGGGAAGGUUUUAG